CAUUUAUUGCAUAUUGAUUAGUUAUUAUGAGGAUGAAGGUUCUCGUACUUCUAGCUUUGUUGUGCAUAACAGUCGAAAGCAAAACAAAUGACGCCUCCCAAACCAAUGUGCGCAAAGGGAUAAGAAUAACUCCGAAUUCAGUAGAAAUUUUCGAAGAACCAGACGACUUUUUGAUAUAUAAAAAUGUGAAACAUCAUCCUCAUCACUCACACCAUAAACAUAAAGAGCCAGAUUACUAUGUGAGGGAAGAAAGGUUGAGAGUACUAGCUGAUCAUUUGACGGAACUAUGGAACAAGUUACUGAAAGAGCAGGCACGGCUUGAGAAACAGUAAAAAUAAAUGUGUAUGGUACUAAUGAUA